GUGCCCGGGGCGGGACUUCCGGCGGGGCGGGCCUGGCGGCGAUGGCGGCGGGCCGCGGGUGGCGGCGGCGGGCGUUGCGGCUGCUGACGGCGGGCGGCGGCGUCCUGCUGACCCGCUUCCCCUUCUGGCACUGCUUCAGCGGGCUGCUGCUCUGCGCCGAGCGCGCCGACGGCCGCCGGAAGCCGGACAUCCCCGUGCCCUACCUGUACGUGGACAUGGGGGUGGCCGUGCUCUGCGCCAGCUUCAUGUCCUUCGGGGUGAAGCGCCGCUGGUUCGCCCUGGGGGCCGCCCUGCAGCUCGCCGUGGCCACCUACGCCGCCCACGUCGGCGGCCACGUCCACUACGGCGACUGGCUGAAGGUGCGGAUGUACUCCCGGACCAUCGCCAUCAUCGGCGGCUUCCUCAUCCUCGCCAGCGGCGCCGGUGAACUUUACCGCCAGAAGCCCCGCAGCCGCUCCCUGCAGUCCACGGGACAGGUCUUCCUCGGCAUCUACCUCAUCUGCCAGGCUUACUCCCUGCAGCACAGCAAGGAGGACCGCCUGGCCUACCUGAACCACCUCCUGGGGGGCGAGCUCGCCCUUCAGCUCCUCUUCAUCCUCUACGGCCUCCUGGCCCUCGCCUUCCUCUCGGGUUACUACGUGCGGGCGGCGGCGCAGGUGCUGGCGGUGCUGCUGCCCCUCGCCAUCCUGCUCAUCGACGGCAACAUCGGCUACUGGCACGACUCGCGCCGCGUCGAGUUCUGGAACCAGAUGAAACUCAUCGGACAAAACGUCGGCAUUUUUGGAGCCGUCGUCAUUUUGGCCACCGACGGCUGAGCAGGGCGGCCGCCGGCCAGGACUGGGGGCGGGGGGGGGGGGCACGCAGCGGGGGGGUGGUUUUUUUAAAGAAUCACUGCUAUUUAUUCUUUUUUUUUUUUUUUUAUUUGUAAAUAUUUGAUAAUUUUGAUGGAGAAUGGGGCGGGCACUGCCCUGGGUGUGGGGGGCAGCUGGGGGGGCUCCUGCCUGUGGGGUGCUGACCACUGUGUGGCCGGGCCCCUCCCCGCCGAGGUCGUGUGUCCCCCCCGUCCCCCCCGGGUGUAUUUUUACUGAUGAAACGAGAAAUCUUUUACCUCGC